UGCAGUAGGUGGGCGGAGCGUGGCUUGGUUGUACGAGAUAGUGCAGUUGUAGUAGUAGACCUGCCCAGUCGUAGAGAAUUAGUGAGAUAUUUACUGUUUAGUACUUUCACUUCGUAUAUCUUAUAUAUCCGUUCAUUCAGACGGAUUUGCACUCGGAAGUGGGGUUUCACGGUUUAUUUUAUCUAGGUGCCGGCGUGUUUGGAACGUGUUGCCUGCGAUGGAGGGUUCGUCGGGAGAAGGUGACCUGUUUACAGUGAAACAUGAGCUGAAAAAUGCGAACCUGACGGGCCAUGCGGAGAAAGUGGGAAUUGAGAAUUUCGAACUGCUCAAGGUGCUUGGCACUGGAGCCUACGGGAAGGUGUUCCUCGUGAGGAAGGUCAGCGGCCAUGACGCGUGCAAGCUGUACGCCAUGAAAGUCCUGAAGAAGGCCACGAUCAUCCAGAAGGCCAAGACCGCAGAGCACACGCGGACAGAGCGGCAGGUGUUGGAGCACAUCCGGCAAUCACCGUUCCUGGUCACCCUCCACUACGCCUUCCAGACGGACACCAAGCUGCACCUCAUCCUGGACUACGUGAACGGGGGAGAACUCUUCACACACCUGUCCCAAAGAGAACGAUUCAAAGAGCAUGAAGUGGCCCUGUAUAGUGGAGAGAUAGUGCUGGCACUGGAGCAUCUCCAUAAGCUGGGUAUUAUCUAUCGAGACAUCAAGCUGGAAAAUAUUCUCCUGGACAGCAAUGGCCACAUUGUUCUCACAGACUUCGGUCUCAGUAAAGAGUUUCUGGUGGAUGAGAACGAGAGGGCCUUCUCCUUCUGUGGCACUAUUGAAUACAUGGCCCCGGAGAUUGUCAGAGGAGGAGACACUGGCCAUGACAAGGCUGUGGACUGGUGGAGUCUCGGUGUCCUCAUGUACGAGCUGAUGACCGGGGCAUCCCCCUUCACUGUGGACGGAGAGAAGAACUCGCAGACAGAGAUAUCGAAGAGAAUAUUAAGAAGUGAGCCACCAUUUUCUUCAGAAAUAGGACCCUUAGCCAAAGAUCUGAUUCAGCGUCUCCUCAUCAAAGAUCCCAAAAAGAGGCUGGGCUCAGGACCGUCAGGAGCAGAGGAGGUGAAGAAGCACCCUUUCUACCAGAAAAUAAACUGGGAGGAUUUGGCAGCUAAGAAAGUCACUGCCCCUUUUAAGCCGGUGAUCCGCGACGAGCUGGAUGUCAGCAACUUUGCUGAGGAGUUCACCGAAAUGGACCCCACCUACUCACCAGCCGCUCUGCCUCAGAAUUCGGACCGGAUUUUUCAGGGCUACUCCUUCAUUGCUCCUUCCAUUCUGUUCAAACGCAACGCCGUGAUGAAUGACCCUCUCCAGUUUCACGGGGGUGCCGAGAGGCCCGGGGCCACAGCUGUGGCGCGCAGUGCCAUGAUGAAGGACUCCCUGUUUUAUAUGCACUAUGACUUAGACUUGAAAGACAGUCCGCUUGGGGAGGGAAGCUUUUCCAUCUGCAGGAAGUGCACCCAUAAGAAAACAGGCCAGGAUUACGCAGUGAAGAUCAUCAGCAAAAGAAUGGAAGCACAAACUCACAAGGAAAUAGCAGCUUUAAAACUCUGUGAUGGGCACCCCAACAUUGUGAAGGUUUAUGACAUUUAUCACGAUCAGUUGCACACGUUUAUGGUGCUGGAGUUGCUGAAAGGCGGGGAGCUGCUAGAGAGGAUCCGGAGGAAACGGCUCUUCAGCGAGACGGAGGCCAGCCGGAUCAUGCGCAAGCUGGUGUCGGCAGUUAGCCACAUGCACGAUGUCGGGGUGGUGCACCGGGACUUGAAGCCAGAGAAUCUGCUGUUCACAGAUGAAAGCGACGGCUCUGAAAUCAAGAUCAUAGACUUUGGAUUUGCUCGACUGAAGCCACCGGAUAAUCAGCCGUUAAAGACCCCGUGCUUCACCUUGCAUUACGCCGCUCCGGAGGUCCUGAAGUACGACGGAUACGAUGAGUCCUGUGACCUCUGGAGUCUAGGAGUCAUCCUGUACACAAUGCUAUCAGGACAAGUGCCCUUCCAGUGUCAGGAAAAGACCCUCACUCAUACCAGCGCUGAGGAGAUCAUGCAGAAGAUCAAACAGGGUGAUUUCUCUUUCGAAGGAGAAGCAUGGAAGAAUGUCUCCCAGCAGGCCAAGGACUUGAUACAAGAGUUGCUUACUGUGGACCCCAACAAAAGAAUUAAGAUGUCAAGCCUGAGGUAUAAUGAGUGGCUCCAGGAUGGCAGCCAGCUUUCCUCCAAUCCUCUCAUGACCCCCGACAUCCUGGGAUCUUCCACUGCUUCAGUGCACACCUACGUCAAGGCCACGUUCCAUGCCUUCAACAAGUGCAAACGGGAGGGCUUCUGCCUACAGAACGUGGACAAGGCCCCCCUGGCGAAGCGGAGGAAGAUGAAGAAGACGAGUACCAGCACGGAGACGCGCAGUAGCUCCAGCGAGAGCUCCCACUCCUCUUCCUCGCAGUCACAGGACAAAGCGUCCCCCACGAAGGCCUCGCAGCCCAGCCUUCCCGCCGACAGCAAUAACCACCCCGAGGCCAUCUUCCAUUUCUCAGAGUGAGCACAGCACACCGGCUCGGGCCGCCAGACCUUUCUGCUCCUCGGAGUGAGCACAGCACACUGGUAUGGGCCGCCAGACCUAGCGCUCCAGAACGUGAGCACAACUCAGUGGCAUGCUCCCGAGAAUGAGCACAGCACACCGCCAGACCUAGCGCGCCUCAGAACUCACUAGCAAUAGUCACAAGCGUCCGCCGACCGACAGAUCGUUCCAUUCACGGUAUCGCGACCCAAGGGCUCUGCUGUCGGCUUCUUCCUCUGCCGUAGAAACAGGCUAGGCUCUCCCUUAGCAGUAAUCCGAUCCGUGCCGACCUCUCGAGAGCCCGGGUAGAAGAAGCCUGUGCUUUUCUAACCCUGCUGCGUUCAGAUCAGAGAAGAUUAUUAGUUUACAGAUUUCCAACAUGUGUCGCAGUCGCACAUACUGUACUACAGUAUGUCUGCACUGCUGAGGUUCAUACCUUCCAUUUCAGCGCCACGAUAGGAACUGAAACAAACUGAAAUGCGUACAAAG